AUGACUAAUAAAGAGGUUGUCCAAAACAACGACAACGCUGUAACCGAAUGCACGAAGGUUGUCUGUGCUGCUCGGCCAACAAUCCAAUCCCCAGAAAGAAACGCUGACAAAUCCCAUAAGGGAAACCCGCAGAACCUUACGACUCCACCGCAACUGCAACAAAUAACACCUAAUAUAACUAUUGACAAGGUGGUUUCACCACCUAAACUUAACAAGACCACUGCAAUAGUGGUUCCCUCGGCACCACCACAAUUCCUGCGUUACCGUCCCAAUGAUCUGAGGCAGCAGCCACUGAGAACCGUGGAUUUCCUGUCUCAGAUGGAGGCACGCUGUUCGAUACCGAUUAAAGUUUGGAGGGAAAACCCUCCGACUAAGGCAGCGCUUGCGGAAUGGGCUUCCUCGCUUCGACUUGGAGAUGGAAAAAGGAAGCCUGUGGAUCUGAAGCUGAAGCAUAGGACCACAUUGAAAUUUAAAGACUACAAUGAGGAAUGCAACUUCUGCAAUUGCCACUCCCAUCCUUCCAUGGAUCGUUAA